AUGGCGUCUCGCCGACUAAUUUCGACUUCGCUCUGGCGGGCCGCCGCCGCCCCGGCUCAAGCGACAUCGCUCUCCGCCGCACGAUGGAGCUCGACGACCAGCUCGACCUCUGCUAUUGCCUACAAGGCUCUUCGACGCCGCUCGGCACCUCUGCCCGUCAGCGACAGCCCGCCCGCCUGGUCCGCCCAGGCUGCCGUCUCUAACAUCCUCUACGACAUGCCCUCCCCGUCAUCGCAACCCCCGAAGCGUCACGUCCUCAACUGCCUUGUCCAGAACGAGCCCGGUGUGUUGUCCCGCGUCUCCGGCAUUCUCGCGGCCCGCGGCUUCAACAUCGACUCACUCGUCGUAUGCAGCACCGAGGUCGAUGACCUCUCGCGCAUGACCAUCGUCCUGACCGGACAGGACGGCGUCGUCGAGCAGGCCAGACGUCAAUUGGAGGAUCUCGUUCCUGUCUGGGCCGUAUUGGACUACACCAACGCCGCCCUGGUUCAGCGCGAGCUUCUGCUGGCCAAGAUCAACAUUCUUGGACCUGAGUACUUUGAGGAGCUGCUCGCUCAUCACCGUGAGAUGACGGCCGUCGACAUCGAGGAGCAUGCGCUCGAAGGAGAGCAGCAGCAGACCCUUGAGGAUGUCGCCAAGGACUUCCACCCCAGCAAAUUGGCUGUCAGCCAGGCAUUGCGCCACAAGCACGAGCAUUUGAAGUCCAUUACCUACUUCGCCCACCAGUUCGGAGGAAAGGUCCUUGAUAUCAGCACCAACAGCUGUAUCGUGGAAGUCUCCGCCAAGCCGUCCAGAAUCGAUUCCUUCCUGAAGCUCAUUGGACCGUUUGGUAUCCUCGAGUCUGCCCGCACUGGUCUGAUGGCCCUGCCCCGUUCGCCGUUGUACGGACCCAACGAGGAGACGAUUAUCAAGGAAGCGGAUGAGGUUGUCGACGCUAGCCAGCUUCCUCCUGGUUAA